AUGACCUCCACCGCCGCCAAUGUCAACGCCGUCGCCGCCGCCCUGGCCGACUCGUCGCCUGCCGCCGCCGCCGGCUCCUCCUCCUCCGCCUCUUCCUCCUCCGCCGCCGCCGCUAUACCACCACCCGCUGCCGCCGCCUCAUACCACCGCCGCGCCCUCAGCUCGCGCAAAGUCGGCGGCCUGGAAUCCACGUCUGUGGGCUCGUCUUCCUCCGCCGCCGCCGCCUUCGGCGCCUACCUGGCGCACCACCAGCGCAAGCACUCGCCCGGCUCCGCCCAUAGUAGUAAUCAUUCACUUCAUAAUAAUAAUAAUAAUAAUAACAGCCAGAGCGGCGAAGACACGGCCGCCCUGGGCCGCCCCGUCAGCACCAAGCACCGCAGCCGCCGUGCCAGCGAGGGGUCGCAUCUCAUCAAGGGCGACGGCGGGAAGCGCUCGCUGACCGAGCUGAAGUGUGACCGCUGUGGGAAGGGCUACAAGCACAGCAGCUGCUUAACAAAGCAUAUGUGGGAGCACGACCCGGCGUGGGCAUACACCUCCAAGCUCCUUAUCUCCAAACACCAGCAGGUCCAGCUCCUGGAGGCCGCCACCGUCCUGGUGAACAUGAACCAGGACCCCUCCGACGCCGUGCACUCCGCCGACUCCGACCGCUCCUCCGCCUCGCCCACCGCCUCCGGCAUCUCAGAGCUCCGCGACGAACUCAGCUCCACCGAAACCACCCCGCCGCCCAUGGGUGACGACCCGCCCGCCGACCGCUACCCCGUCUCCUCGGCCUUCUCGCGCUCGUUCCACUCCGUGCCGUCCAGCUCCGUCGCCGGCAGCGCCCCUUCCUACUCCCCCGCGCGCUCCCACUUCCGCCACUCCAGCAUCGACACCCGCCCCUCGACCGCCGACACCACCACCGGCGUGCUCGACGACGACGAGGCCGGCCUGGCCGCCGCCAUCGAGCUGUGUAACUUCGGCACCCCGCGCUCCGCCGCCGUCGCCAUGCCCGCCGACGUGCCCCCCGUCCCCCCACUGCCUGCCCGCUACCUGAGCCUGAGCAUGAGCAGCAGCUCCCACGCCACCGCUGGCGGCCGCCUGAAGCCCGGUGCGCGCAGCUUCGACGCCCAGAGCGGCACCGCUUCCCGCGAUCCGUCGUCGUCCACCCCGACCCUGUACAAUCCUUUCCUCCGCCCGCUGUCAUACAAAGUCUCCGACGAGCGCGAUGUGAAAAUGCGCGACGUCAAGACCAUCCACGAAGAAGUCGACGACGAUUUCCAUCGGGACUCCGCUGUGCCCAUGGACGAGGAUGACGAUGGCGUGUUUGGCAAGAUGGAAGAAUGA